AUGUUCCAAAUGCUACGCGGCUUCCAUCUCCCAACUCCUGGGGACAAGUCUUACGGGUCGCCGGGAGGUCUAAGGGUCUGCAUGGCCAGCUUCGAACCUGGGCCACGGAUCAGCAAAGCUUGGAACCUUGGGCCCUUGGGUGACGAUGCCGGCCAGCCGGCAAAGCGGCAAAUCAUCAUCGGGCCCGGUAAUGGUGGCUUCCAUCCCGGUGAUAGUGAAGAGAUCCCUACCUGUGAGAUUUCUCUUCCCAUCAACGAACAGCCACCCUGCAUCUUUUUCCCGAUCCCGGGGGAGAUCAGGCCAGGAAAGCGAUCCUUCAGCCUUCCGGCGGACUAUGCCACCAACACCAAGCAAGUGAUCCUGCAGCUUGAGAAGCAGCUGGUGGCUCUCCAAAACAAGAAGAACAAGACUUCCGAGGACAUCGCCGAUAUCCGUGCCAUCAAGGCUGCCCUCAAGUACUUGGCGAAUAUUGAUAAGAUUUCCGCACCGCCUGGAUCUGAGACUGGCUUCGUUCCCGGAAAGCGGUCCUUCUCCCUGCCUGGCGAUUACGCGAGCGACACCAAGAAGGUUAUCCUGCAACUCGAGAAGCAGUUGAUUGCCCUCCAGAACAAGAGGAACAAGACUGAUGAAGACCUGGCUGAUAUCCGAGCCAUCAAAUCCGCACUGAAGUUUCUGGCCGGCAUUGAUCAAAUCUCUGCGCCCCCAGGAACUGAGACUGGUUUCGUUCCGGGAAAGCGUGAUGCGUCUUCUGUUGGCGCUUACGCUUCAGUCUGCCCCGGCCUGGAAGGUGCCGAGAUUGCUCUCGAGACCCUCUUGCACAAGCCCAAGCCAACGGUACAGGAGUACAUCAUCAUCCAGAAGUUGACUAACUUUCUUGCCGGAUGUGGGAUCGCCAUCGUCAAGUCUCCUGAUGGCACAUGGACGAUCCUCAAGCCCUCCGACAAGAAGCGAGGUGUCGACACCGAUGUCGCGGUUGCCACUCCUAAGCUUGUCGCUGACUUUGACCUUACUGGUUUAGAGGAGUCGUACCACCUGCUCCUUGAGUCGACCCAAGGCCGCCAGCCCUCUUUCGUCACCUGGCUUGCCCUCCGACAGAUCGCUGAUCUGCUCGAACUGUACGGUGCUCCUGUUGAUGGCGCCGUCUCCUCUGUCUCCGCCACCUCCAAGCGCCAGAUCACCAUCGGCACAGGCAGCUGCCAGCUCCUGGAUGUUCUUGGUCUCAAGGCUGCGCUUGCCGCUCUGUUGACCGUCUAUGGGGACCCCACCAAGGCGCCAACCAACAUCUUCCUCAUUGAGCAGAUCCUCGUUACGGCCAUCCAGCUUUGUGGUCAGGGUGUUCCUGGCUGGACCAACCUCGCACCUGGUAACCCAAUCCCCGGCGGGCCGCUUGUUCCCGACCCAACUAUUCCCGGAGGACCCAUCACGCCCGAUCCGUAUGUCCCUGGCGGGCCCAUCAGGCCAGGCCGCAGACAAGAGGACGCGCUUGAUGAUCCUACGACUUUGCUGGAUACGUUGCAGGUCCUCGAGACGCAUUAUGGAGACUACGAGUCUGGAACUAUUCCUGCGCCGUUACUCUUGAUCAUGCUCAACCUCGUGACCAUCCUCCAGGAGGUGUAUGGUGUGACUGUAAGGGGAUGGCCUACUUUGGGACAAGAAACUGUGGUUUUGACCCCUUCCACUUGA